AUGGCUCCUGGACGUGUGCUCUCCUGGGGACCUGAUCCCAAUCCCGAUCCCAGUCCUGAUCCCGAUCCCAGUCCUGAUCCCAAUCCCAAACCUGAUCCUGAUCCCGAUCCAAGACCUGAUCCUGAUCCCCCCAAUCCCGAUCCCAGACCUGAUCCCAAUCCCCCUGAUCCCAGACCUGAUCCUGAUCCCAGACCUGAUCCUGAUCCCAAUCCCUAUCCCAGACCUGAACCCGAUCCCAAUCCUGAUCCCAAUCCCUAUCCCAGACCUGAACCCGAUCCCAAUCCUGAUCCCAAUCCCUAUCCCAAACCUGAUCCUGAUCCCAAUCCUCAUCCCAACUCCCCUGAUCCCAAUCCCAAACCUGAUCCUGAUCCCGAUCCAAGACCUGAUCCUGAUCCCCCCAAUCCCGAUCCCAGACCUGAUCCCAAUCCCCCUGAUCCCAGACCUGAUCCUGAUCCCAGACCUGAUCCUGAUCCCAAUCCCUAUCCCAGACCUGAACCCGAUCCCAAUCCUGAUCCCAAUCCCUAUCCCAGACCUGAACCCGAUCCCAAUCCUGAUCCCAAUCCCUAUCCCAAACCUGAUCCUGAUCCCAAUCCUCAUCCCAACUCCCCUGAUCCCAAUCCCAAACCUGAUCCUGAUCCCGAUCCAAGACCUGAUCCUGAUCCCCCCAAUCCCGAUCCCAGACCUGAUCCCAAUCCCCCUGAUCCCAGACCUGAUCCUGAUCCCAGACCUGAUCCCAAUCCUGAUCCCAGUGCCCCUGAUCCCAGACCUGAUCCUGAUCCCGAUCCCAAUCCCCCCGAUCCUAAAUCUGAUCCCAAUCCCAGUCCUGAUCCCAAUCCCGAACCUGAUCCUGAUCCCAACUCCCCCAAUCCCAAACCUGAUCCCGAUCCCAAUCCCAGACAUGAUCCCAAUCCCUAUUCCAAACCUGAUCCCAAUCCUCAUCCCAAAUCCCCUGAUCCCAAUCCCAAACCUGAUCCCGAUCCCAACUCCCCCAAUCCCAGACCUGAUCCCGAUCCCAGACCUGAUCCCAAUCCCAAACCUGAUCUUGACCCCAACUCCCCCAAUCCCAAACCUGAUCCUGAUCCCAGACCUGAUCCCAAUCCUGAUCCCAGUGCCCCCGAUCCCAGACCUGUUCCUGAUCCCAGACCUGAUCCCGAUCCUAAAUCUGAUCCCGAUCCCAGUCCUGAUCCCAAUCCCAAACCUGAUCCUGACCCCAACUCCCCCAAUCCCAAACCUGAUCCCGAUCCCAGUCCUGAUCCCAAUCCCAAACCUGAUCCUGACCCCAACUCCCCCAAUCCCAGACCUGAUCCCAAUCCCGAUCCCAGACCUGAUCCCAAUCCCAAACCUGAUCUUGACCCCAACUCCCCCAAUCCCAAACCUGAUCCCGAUCCCAGACCUGAUCCCAAUCCUGAUCCCAGUGCCCCCGAUCCCAGUCCUGAUCCCAAUCCCAGUCCUGAUCCCAAUCCCAAAUCUGAUUCCGAUCCCAAUUCCCCCGAUCCCAGACCUGAUCCCAAUCCCGAUCCCAGUCCUGAUCCCGAUCCCAGUUCCCCCAAUCCCAAGCCUGAUCCUGAUCCCGAUCCCAGACCUGAUCCCAAUCCCGAUCCCAGUCCUGAUCCCGAUCCCAGUCCUGAUCCCGAUCCCAAACCUGAUCCUGAUCCCAACUCCCCUGAUCCCAAACCUGAUCCCGAUCCCAGACCUGAUCCCAAUCCUGAUCCCAGUGCCCCCGAUCCCAGACCUGAUCCCGAUCCUAAAUCUGAUCCCGAUCCCAGUCCUGAUCCCGAUCCCAAACCUGAUCCUGAUCCCAACUCCCCUGAUCCCAAACCUGAUCCCGAUCCCAGACCUGAUCCCAAUCCCGAUCCCAGUCCUGAUCCCGAUCCCAAACCUGAUCCUGAUCCCAACUCCCCUGAUCCCAAACCUGAUCCCGAUCCCAGACCUGAUCCCAAUCCUGAUCCCAGUGCCCCCGAUCCCAGACCUGAUCCCGAUCCUAAAUCUGAUCCCGAUCCCAGUCCUGAUCCCGAUCCCAAACCUGAUCCUGAUCCCAACUCCCCUGAUCCCAAACCUGAUCCCGAUCCCAGACCUGAUCCCAAUCCCGAUCCCAGUCCUGAUCCCGAUCCCAGUCCUGAUCCCGAUCCCAGUCCUGAUCCCGAUCCCAGUCCUGAUCCCGAUCCCAGUCCUGAUCCCGAUCCCAAACCUGAUCCUGAUCCCAACUCCCCUGAUCCCAAACCUGAUCCCGAUCCCAGACCUGAUCCCAAUCCUGAUCCCAGUGCCCCCGAUCCCAGACCUGAUCCCGAUCCUAAAUCUGAUCCCGAUCCCAGUCCUGAUCCCGAUCCCAAACCUGAUCCUGAUCCCAACUCCCCUGAUCCCAAACCUGAUCCCGAUCCCAGACCUGAUCCCAAUCCCGAUCCCAGUCCUGAUCCCGAUCCCAAACCUGAUCCUGAUCCCAACUCCCCUGAUCCCAAACCUGAUCCCGAUCCCAGACCUGAUCCCAAUCCUGAUCCCAGUGCCCCCGAUCCCAGACCUGAUCCCGAUCCUAAAUCUGAUCCCGAUCCCAGUCCUGAUCCCGAUCCCAAACCUGAUCCUGAUCCCAACUCCCCUGAUCCCAAACCUGAUCCCGAUCCCAGACCUGAUCCCAAUCCCGAUCCCAGUCCUGAUCCCGAUCCCAUUGGCCAUGGACCCCCCUAUUGGCCAUCGAUCCUAUUGGCCAUUGAUCCCUGCUGGCCAUGGACCUGCCCUAUUGGUUAUUGA